GACCAGCAGCAAGAGCCCGACAUUUGGCGCGACUCGUUGGUGCGCUACCUGGGGUACGCCAAUGAGCUGGGCGAGUCGUUCCGCCCCAUUGUGCCUCGACUGGUAGUGCCGUCCUACCUCGUGGCCUUUGGCUACGUCUUGGGGGACACCUACGACAAGGCCUCCAAGGCCCACUCGAAGGCUGUGGCGGAGGGCGUCUCGGCCCGUAAGCGCAACGCGGUAGUGGCCGACGCCACAAUCGACACGCUGGCGUGGCAGACCAUGGCCAGCGUCAUCAUCCCCGGCUUCACUAUCAACCGAGUGGUGGCGAUGAGUUCGUUCGCAGUGCAGCGAGCGGCCAAGAGCUCGCCGGUGGUUCGACGCUGGGCACCUACAGCCAUCGGCUUGGGCGUGAUUCCGUUGAUCAUCCACCCCAUCGACAGCUUCGUGGACGCCGCCAUGGACAAGACGGUGCGCAAG